CACGUUAUCUUUCGCGCGGAACGUACGCGCCGAGUCUCAGCGAGAGACUAAAAAUAAAUUCGACAUUUUGACAAUAGAGCGCGAACUGUAACUUUUUUUUUUAAUUUUGUGUCAGUGGCCAGUGUUUUUUUUUUAAUUUUUAUUUUGACAUGUGAUCUCCAAGACUUAUUUUAUGAGUAUUUAUUUACAAAUAAUUAACAACAGACUUAUUCAAGUUAUCCUAGAAGUUGUCAAAAUUAACAGUUAUAAAAAUAGUGUGUCAAAAUUUGUAUUUGCGUAAAAAAUGGACAAUAUUUAUCGGAGAGUGAAAGACUGGAGUGGUCUGUCCAGAAAACCCGCGACUCCUGAGCUGAGUAGGAGCCAGUACUCCCUGGUCUCCACUGGGGAGCUGACUGCUGAGGCUCUCCAGGUGUGGCUGAAACUACCCAAGAAGAUCAAGUAUGAUCCAGAUUUGGAACCCUUCCAGAAGCGCUAUGAAAAAGAAAUUGCUAGUAAACAAGAAAACAUAGCGCUGAAAUUGAAAAACGGAUCGGUACCGGAAUCGAAGCGGCUGCCCCUCGUUAAAUCCGCGCCACAUCUUAACAAUAACCGGGUUGAGGAAUCGCCGAGCGCGGAAACAAAGCUAGAUGGCGUCGAGAUUCAAAGUGCUGGGAAGAACAUUCAAAGGUAACAAAAUAUAUUUCAAUAAGUAAAUAAACGU